CGCGGCACGGAAGCAUAUCGCUGGACCCGAGACUCACUCAAGGCAUUGGAAUCAGACAUCAGGAAAACGGGAACACAAGAGAAGCAAGAUUUGAAUGAAAUGGCGUCCAACGCAAGGAUAUUGACAUCCCUCUUGGCAAUGCUAUUUUUAUUCAGUGGAUCCUCGGCCGAGGUGACGGAGGAUUCCAUGGCGGUAGAAUACACCACACUCAUCACCGCGAGCACAGACGUCGCCACGGACAUUGUGACUGAAGUCGUCACGAUGGCCAUGGAUAUGACGACCGCCGCUGCUGGUACAACAGCUGUCGACGUUACGACAGCGGCAGCCACGACGGCAGCAGAGAGCUUGACGACAGUGGCGUCGGCGAGUGAUAUCGAGGCCUAUGGACUGUCCGUCACUAGCCCUUCUAACCUGAUCUUUGACCUGGACGUGGACAACAUUGUAACCUACUCCGUCGUGGUCCGUAACGCCGGCGGCACGGACAUCGCCGCCCGGUCUUCCGGCGACAACUUCGCGCUCACCUUCCUGAUUAGCAGCCACUCCGAUCCCACCGACGUAGACGCCAGCACGGUGGAGUUCGUGGCAGAGACGUCCAGCGCUGAGAACCUAGCGGCUGGCAUCACUGCCGGCUCUACUAUCACCAUCACAGGCACCAACGCUAUGAUCAACAUUCCGUCGGCCACCUGCAGCACCUAUCAGUACACCUGCGUGCAGGUGUCGAAGGCGUCUGGGGCCAGUUACGAUGACUCGGUCACCUCCAAUAAUUACUACUGCCUGGCCUUCGGGGAUACCGCUGAGAACCUGGCUGGACUUGUACCCUGCUCAGGUUGUACGUUAAAGGUCAGCAUCCUGCUUCUUCUUGUUGCCAUGGUUGCAUCUCAGCUUCUGUCGUAGUCUUGCAUCGUUUGAGCCCUCUCCUUCUCCUCCAUGAGACAGUGUCUAACUUCAUGCACUCGGCUGCCUGGUCGUCUGGUUUCCCUCCGCGAAACUCCUCAACACUGUUAGCACAACACCAGGGUGUGCCAAAAGACGUCAAGGCCGAAUUACCAGCCUUCCCGAUCCACACUUCCGUUGUCUGCGGUCUCACCAAUGAACAAGGAGUCUGUUCGAUUUGGAAAUUUUAUUUUCUGUAGAGCUAAUCCUUAACAUAGAACAAACAUAAUCUGUUCUCUUGCACUGAAGUAUUGUAAAAAAAAAAUUGUACAUACAUCUGUAAAUACUAAAAUCUUUCUACUGUAAAUUUGGAAAUUUUGGUUCUGAGAUCCUCUGUAAUGUCCCCAAUGUUUUUCUUCCACUAAAACCAGCUUUGUAAGAUCGCUACACCAAAUGGUCUUUCAAAGAAAAAAAAUGGUUUGCAUAAAAGUGGGUCCCUAUCUUACAAAAAAAAUAAUGAAGAGUAUUUUGACUUAAGAUUGUCUUAAAACUUUAACCACAAAGCAAGAUGCGUGAAGUAUUUUUUUCAGAAACAAAACGUUUGCGGUUUGUCUUCAUUGUCAUUAAUGAUUUUACUUGGAAAGGGAAUAUGAAAUUGUCAUAAUGUGGAAGUUUUGUUUCUUUUAAAUUGGUUUUACAAAGAAAAAUAAUUGAAUGGAUGAAAUGUUCUUUAGUCUUUAUUUCUGGAUAUGACUGCCUUGUGAUGGUGCAUGCUGAUAGGAAUUAACAUUCUUUUCCUUAGGUAUGAUCCUCGAAUAAGGGAAAAAUGUAAUGACCGCUUUUCUAAUGGUCGCGAAAAAUGUGUGCAGGUUUUCAAUAAAAAGUCAUU